AUGAGUAAUUUUGUGAGUGUAGGAAAAAAGAUAAUUGGCAUUGGACAACAUGCUAAAGAAUUAGGAAAUGAAGUACCAAAAGAACCAUUCUUUUUUCUUAAGCCAACUUCUUCAUAUUUACAAGGUGGUGGAAAUAUAGAGAUACCUAGAAAUUCUAUAGUUCAUCAUGAAGUUGAAUUAGGAGUAAUUAUUGGAAAUCCAGGUCGAGAUAUUAAACAUGAAGAUGCGUUUAAUUAUAUUGCUGAUUUAACAGCUCGAAACUUACAAAAACGAGGGCUUCCUUGGAGUGCGGCAAAAGGAUUUGAUACAUUUACUCCGAUUGGAGAAUUUAUUCCUAAAGAGAAAAUUAAUGAUUCAACAAAUGUUGAUUUAUGGUUAAAGGUCAACGAUAAUAUUAAACAAAAAGGUAAUACAAAAGAUAUGAUAUUUAAUAUUCCCACAUUAAUUGAAUAUGUUAGUUCAAUCAUGAAACUUGAAAGUGGAGAUUUGAUAUUAACUGGUACACCUUCAGGAGUUGGACCAAUUGUUGCUGGUGAUAUUAUUACUGCAGGAUUGGAAAUAGGAGAUAAAUGUUUAUCAACUAUAAAGUUUCCUGUUAUAAGAAGGAAAAAAUUAAAUUCGAAAUAUUGA